ACGUCAACACGGGCGCGGCUUCGGGAAGUUUCCUCGGAGCCCGCCAUUGGGCGUGACGAAUCCGAAUCGCGUCAACUCAUUCGCUCGCCAUCGACCAGCCUGCGACUGCUGAUGGCAUCGACGCGCUUCGCGUAAGCCAGCCAUCGCCGGGUGUUUGUCGUCACUCGGGUGCAACGUCGCACGCGUCUGUCGGCAACCUCCUCAUUGCACCUUCCGACUCGCUUGGCUCGCGCAUCUGGAAGCUGCCGCGGUGUUGGUUGCAUGAACCCUCGCGCGCGUCAAGCCACAGCAGCGAGCGUGGCGAGCGCAGACGAUGCGAAGAAGCCCGAGGUCCAGCGUGGCAGCUGUGCACGCCUCGGUUGUCGAGCAUCGACCGCUGUGUCGGCGCAGACAUCCUUGGUCGUUCUCACAAAGCUUGUGGCCGUUUGCGGUCUGGGACGGCCAAGCCGGUCGGACCACUCGUGUGUCGACAUGCACGCCUGGCCCAGCCAUUUUGUACCUGUGGUCUGCGCUCGAUGUCGCCACUGAUCUCUGCAAGCGCCAGAAUCUUCUGUGUCUUUGGCGAUGGAUCCAACAUUGCGCAGUCGGCGCUUCAUUUCCGUAUUGUAUGGCGCCACGUCGGUCAAGAUACGACCGGAAUGGCGCGCCACGUGGCAGGCGGAGCGAUCGUGGUGAACUGAUCCCUAUCAGACACUGGAAGACGAGCGAAGCCAAAAUGAACAUUAACAUUCAACGAUUUCUUCCAUCAUGGGCUCGGAUGGUGGAGGAGCGGUCCCGGAGGCGGCGCCGUACUUUGCGCUCCCGAUCGAGAACGUCGACGUCCCGCACCCGUAUGCGACGGCUUCGUUCGUCACCAAGCUCAGCUACGGGUGGGUCACCAAGCUCAUUGCGCUCGGCGCAUCGACGCCGCUCCUGGCCGACGACGUCUGGUCGCUGCCACCCCCCGAGACGUGCGCAGGUCUGCAUACGCCCUUUCUGACGCACUGGUCGGCGGCGACCGCGUCGCCGUCCAUUCCUCGCUUUAGCCGCGCGCUGGUCCGCAGCUUUCGACGCGACCUCGUCAUCGCACUCGUGUCCUUCUUGCUCGCAACGGCGGCCGCCAUCGCGCAGCCACUCCUCGUCCAGGCGCUUUUGCAGUACCUCCAGCGCCAGCCCAUUUCGUUUCUCGGCUUGGAGAACGGGUAUGCGCUCAUGGCGCUAUUGACGCUUGCGGCGUUUCUCCAAGCGCUCUGUGUCAACUAUGGCUUCUUCACGUCGUACAAGGUCGGCGUCAACAUGCGUUCGAUCGUCAUGGACAUGGUCUACGACAAGGCGCUGCGGCUCUCGUCGGCCGCGCGGCAGCAAACGACGAGCGGCGAGAUCGUGACGCUCAUGAGCUCGGACGCCGAGCGCGUCGCCGAGAUGGCCAACGAAGGCGUCUGGAUCAUCGCAUCGCCCGUCACGUUCCUCGCGUCGCUAUUGCUGCUCGGUGCGUUCUUUGGCCCGCUCCCCGCGCUUGUCGGAGCGGCCACGACGACGCUCAUCCUCGGAGGCUCGCUCUGGCUUGCGUCCGUCAUUGGUGCAUCGCGCCUUGACGCGACGUCGCUCUCGGAACAGCGCGUGCGCGUCACGAGCGAGGUCUUGCUCGGUAUCCGCGUCAUGAAGAUGUACGCGUGGGAGCCCGCGGUGGCGGCGCGCCUGCAGCGGCUUCGCGACGCCGAGACGCGCCAUCUCCGCAAGCUCAACCGAUACCGCGUCUCGAACGUCGAGUUCCUCUUCCUCUCGCCGCUCUUUGUCGGCGCAUCCAUCCUCUCGACCUACAUUUGGCUCGGGCAUGCUGUCGACGUGACGCAGAUUUAUACACUUAUUGCGUUCACCAACAUGAGUCGCCACGCCCUCUACAACUUCCCGCGCGCGAUCGCCGGGCUCUCGGAAGGUCUCGGCGCCGGUCGCCGGCUCGACGCCUACUUGGCGCUUCCGGAGCAAGUCGUCGCGGGUCCCAACGCAACGGCGACACCGCCGACGAUGCCCGGUGCCAUUGCACUUGUCGAGGCGGCGUGGACGUGGCAGCGUGGCGGCUUUGCAGUUGGCCCCACCACGCUCACAAUCUCGCCCGGUGAACUCGUCAUGGUGGUCGGUGGCGUCGGCGCCGGCAAGUCGAGUUUCCUCAGUGCGCUUGCAGGCGAGCUCCUCGUGACGACCGGUGAGGCCACGAGCCUCCGCGGCCGCCUCGCGUUCUUGACGCAAGAGCCCUGGAUUCGCAAUGCGACGAUUCGCGACAACAUUCUCAUGGCCGCGGCAGUCGUCGACGAAGCCCGGUAUGCGGCCGUGCUGGGCGCGUGCCAGCUCGCGCACGACUUGCGCUUGCUGCCGCAAGGCGACGCGACCGAGAUUGGCGAGCAAGGCGUCAACCUCAGCGGCGGCCAAAAGGCGCGCGUGCACUUGGCGCGCGCGCUCUUCGCGGCCAACACGGACGUGCUUUUGCUUGACGACCCGCUCAGCGCCGUGGAUGUUCACGUUGCCCAAGCCAUUUUCGAGUCGGCGCUGCUCGAGUUCGCGCACUUGAAAACGCGACUGCUCGUGCUCAACAGCCACUAUCACUUCCUGCCGCGCGCGGACCGGAUUCUCGUGCUCGAGAAGGGCCAGGUCGUCUACGACGGUCCUUUUACAAACGAGCUCGUGACUCGGUACCCCGAGUAUGCGUCCGAGCCCCCAAGUGCGGCGAAGCGAGUGCCUCCCGCACUCAACACUGUCGAGCAGAGUAGCAAGGCGGCAGAACCCACCGCGCUCAUGCAGAUUGAAGAUCGCGCGCAAGGCAGUGUCGGCAAGGUCAUUUACUUGGCGUACUUUGGCCACGCCGGCACGCAAGGCGGUGUCGUCGCGCUCGCGCUUGUCGCUGCCUUUGGGCUCGGCCAAGGCGUCCGCAUCGUCGCCGACUGGUUCCAAGGGCACUGGGGCCAGCACUUUGACACGACCGCGAUCGCUUUGCCGCAUCUCGGUCUCUACCUCCUCGUGGUGGGAAGCGGCGCCUUGUUUUACGGUCGGUGCCAGCUGCUCGUGUACUAUACGGGUGCGUGCUCCGAUGCUCUGCACAAGGAGCUUCUCUCGCGGCUCCUCGCGGCGCCCAUCAACUUGUUUUACGAUGUCACACCGAUCGGCCGCAUCCUCAACCGGUUUGCACGGGACUUGGACAUUGCCGACAGCUUGCUCCCAAACCUCUUUCUCGACUCACUCGAGACGCUUUGGGUUGUCGCCGGCGCGCUUGUCGUGUGCGCCUUGGCGUCGCCGUACGUUGCGAUCGCGUACGCUCCGAUUUUGCUUGUCUUCUACUAUGCGGGCGAGUACUUCAAGCGUACUUCCCGGGAGCUCAAGCGGCUCGAAGGCAUCUCCCGGUCGCCGAUCUUCAGCUCGUUCGCCGAGACACUGGACGGCGUCCGGACGAUUCGCGCGUUCAAUUUGCAGCAAGUGUUUCACGACUGGAACCGAACGGCCGUCGACGCCAACGCCAAGGUGCUCUUUGCGAUCGUCGGCGCCAGUCGGUGGCUCUCGCUGCGCAUGGACGUAAUCUCCGUCCUGCUCAUCGCUGGUAUCACGACCAUCUUGCUGCAGCUGCGCGACACGGCCCUCUCGCCGACUCUCGCCGGCCUCACGCUGGUGUACUCGCUGGCGCUUAUAUCCAACGUGCAGUGGGCGAUUCGUCUCUUCGACUUGACCGAGAGUGCCAUGACUGCGGUCGAGCGGCUCCUGCACUUCAAGACGAUCCCAACCGAAGAGCUACACGGAGCCGUGCCACCGCCGAAUUGGCCGACACAAGGUCGCCUCCGGUUUGAGAACCUCCACCUGCGCUACCGACCCGAGCUGCCGCUUGUACUGCACGGCGUCUCGCUCGACAUUGCCGCGGGCGAGAAGAUUGGAAUUUGCGGCCGCACGGGUGCUGGCAAGUCGUCGCUCAUGGUCGCGCUCUUCCGCCUCGCCGAGUUUGACGCUGGGACCAUCUACAUGGACGGCGUCGACAUUGCGCGCAUGGACUUGGCGUCGCUGCGGCGGGCGCUUGCGAUCAUCCCGCAAGACCCCGUGCUCUUUAGCGGCAGCAUUCGGUCGAAUUUGGAUCCGUUUCAGGAGAAAUCGGACGACGAGCUCCAAGCGGUGCUCGUCAAAGCCCAUUUGCCGCUACCGCUGGACACGGACGUCACAGAGAACGGCGCCAACUUGUCGGUGGGCCAGCGCCAGCUGCUCUGCAUUGGCCGCGCGCUCUUGCGAGAGAGCCGUGUCGUCGUCAUGGACGAAGCGACCGCCAACGUCGACUUGGCGACCGACGCGCUUAUCCAGCGCACGAUCCAAGACGCGUUUCGAUCGAACGCGACAACCGUGCUCACGAUCGCCCACCGACUGCACACGAUUCUGCACUGCGACCGCAUCGUCGUGCUGCAGAACGGUGUGGUUGCCGAAGCCGCGUCGCCCGCCGAGUUGCUUGCGACACCCACAUCGCACUUUUACAGUCUCGCCCACCAAGCGGGCAUCGUCUAAGCAGGGAGCUGACACAAACGAUGGUGUUGUCCUUUCCGGUUCCAGAGGAUUCUAGUGAAUUAUCAAGUAAACGACUAGGGGUAAUCUCGUGGUUUCUUCGGGA